AUGGGAUAUAACACAACCUACAGAAAGGCAUGGUUAGCAAAACAACAAGCAAUUGAAGAUGUGUACGGAAACUGGGAACAAUCUUACAACCGAUUGUCGUGCCUACUACAAGCCAUGCAAACAUAUUUGCCUGAGUUUGUAUACAAGUUGAAAACCAGUCCAAUUACAAACGGGGAGGAGGUCGUAGAAAACCAACAACACUUUCGAAGAGUGUUCUGGACAUUCAAACCAUGCAUUGAUGGCUUCCCAUUUUGCAAACCAAUAGUGCAAGUGGAUGGAACCUUCCUUUACGGAAGGUAUAGGGGUACCCUUCUAGUAGCUGUUGCACAAGAUGGGAGAAAUAACAUUUUUCCCAUUGCAUUUGCUAUAGUAGAGGGUGAAACCGUCGAAGCUUGUGCAGCAUUCAACAGGCCCAAUAGUAGCUGGACUGAAGGGAACUGUGUGCAGGUGUUUUGUAUUCGACACAUUGCACAAAAUUUUACAAAAAGAUUCAAGAAUACAACUUUGAAAAAGGACCUCGUCAACAUGGCGUACGCAUUGACGGAGCCACGAUGUAACUACUACUACAACAUCAUUAGAGAAGACAACCCAGAACCAGCAACUUAG